AUGAGCUGCGUUACAGCUAGGGGUCUGUGUCCAGAUGUCGACGUCCGAUAUAAUCUUCCCUUUGCUCAGAACUGCCUGGGUGACAAGAGCAUGGAGCCCGUCAUUUCUGUGGUGCUUCAGAUCCUGAGGCAGUGCUACCCUAAGAGUCCUCUACCCUUGGUCACAGCCAGCAGUGCCUAUGCCUUCCCAGUCCCCGGGAGCAUCGCGUCUGAACCUCCACAUGAUCUACUUGAAGAGGAUUUUGAAGAUGAUGGUGAGGAGGAGGUGGACAAAGACUCUGAUUCUGAAGAUGGAAAAGUGGAAGAUGAUGACUUGGAAACAGAUGUGGACAAGCUGAGUUCCAAACCUGGUCUGGACCGGCCGGAAGAGGAGCUGAUGCAGUAUGGGGCGAUGUGUCCUGAGCUCUCCUGCAGCUCUGAGGAACUGGAGUCCAAACCUAGAGAUGAUUUGAACCCUGAAAAGACUGAGUUUGCCAAUCACCACCACAUUCCGACGGCUGCCUCCUCAAAGCAGCAUUGCUUCAACAAGGACCAAAGUUCCUGUGGGCAAGAAAGAGAAGAUGCUGUCCGGUCACCUCUUCUGUGUAUGGUGAAGGCGGGAAGGUCCACUGCGCAUCUGGGAUCCAAAGGAAAGCCUGUAGUGAACCCGUACCAAAAUGUGCAAUCCAAUCAUCUCGGGAGAGAUUCUUCUGAAAGUGAAAUCUCUGACAUUCAGGAUUCCCUGAAAGCGGAUGCCUGGGACGUAGAUGCAGUUUUCUGCCAAAGGAUGGAUGCCUCCUUCUCCAAUUCCAGUAGGACUGCAGAAACUGUCCAAGUAAUGGAUAAGCUUCUGCAGACACAGCCGAAGCGUGUCCCUUUCCACGAUCCCUAUCUUUAUAUGGCCAAAGCCAGAAGAACCAGCUCUGUGGUGGACUUCAAGAUGAUGGCAUUUCCUGAUCUCUGGGGACACUGUCCCCCUCCUGCCACCCAGCCCAUGUUGGAACGCAAAUGGGGAGUCCAAAGGAUCAGGAUAUUUGAGGAUAUUCGGAGGCUCAUCCAGCCAAGUGAUGUUAUAAAUAAAGUUGUCUUCAGUUUAGAUGAGCCUUGGCCUUUGCAAGAUAGUGCUUCCAAUUGCUUAAAGUUCUUCUCCAAAUUUGAAUCAGGAAACCUUCGCAAAGCCAUCCACGUGCGUGAGUUCGAGUAUGACCUGUUGGUCAAUGCGGACGUGAACAGCACCCAGCACCAGCAGUGGUUCUACUUCCGGGUGAGCGGUAUGCAGGCGGCCAUCCCUUACCGCUUCAACAUCAUCAACUGCGAGAAGCCCAACAGUCAGUUUAAUUAUGGGAUGCAGCCCACCCUGUAUUCCGUGAAGGAGGCUCUUCUUGGCAGACCCACCUGGAUACGGACAGGCUAUGAAAUAUGUUAUUACGAAAACCACUAUCGGCAGAGUAGAGCUGCUGCAGGCGGAGCAUCUGGAAAGUGCUACUACACCCUCACCUUUGCUGUCAGCUUCCCACACGAUGAGGAUGUCUGCUACCUGGCCUACCACUACCCCUAUACCUACACAGCCCUCAUGACUCAUCUUGACAUUCUGGAAAAGAGUGUCAACCUCAAGGAGGUCUACUUCCGGCAGGAUGUUCUCUGCCAGACGCUGGGAGGGAAUUCGUGUCCCUUGGUGACCAUCACGGCCAUGCCUGAGUCCAACAGCAAUGAGCAUCUAGAGCAGUUCCGACAUCGCCCAUAUCAGGUGAUCACCGCUCGAGUUCAUCCAGGAGAGAGCAAUGCCAGCUGGGUGAUGAAGGGUACCUUGGAGUUCCUGGUCAGCAGUGACCCUGUGGCGAGGCUCUUGAGGGAAAACUUCAUUUUCAAGAUCAUACCCAUGCUCAACCCAGACGGUGUCAUCAACGGCAACCACAGAUGCUCGCUGAGUGGGGAAGAUUUGAACAGACAAUGGCUUUCUCCCAGUGCUCAUCUGCAGCCAACGAUUUACCAUGCCAAAGGACUCCUCUACCACCUGAGCAGCGUUGGCCGGAGUCCCGUGGUUUUCUGUGACUUCCAUGGCCACUCCCAAAAGAAGAAUGUGUUCCUUUAUGGCUGUAGCAUCAAGGAAACCUUGUGGCAAGCAGGAUGCACUGUGGGCACAUCUACUGUCCUAGAGGAUGUCACCUACAGGACUCUUCCCAAAAUCCUUGAUAAACUAGCACCAGCAUUCACAAUGAGCAGCUGCAGCUUUCUCAUCGAGAAAUCUCGAGCCUCCACUGCCCGGGUGGUGGUGUGGAGAGAGAUCGGGGUGUCCAGAAGCUACACCAUGGAAAGCAGCUACUGCGGCUGUAACCAGGGCCCCUAUCAGGGUCUACAGUUUGGUACCAGAGAACUGGAGGAGAUGGGAGCCAUGUUCUGCUUGGGCCUCCUCAUCCUGGAGCUCAAAUCUGCCAGCUGCAGCCAUCAGCUCCUCACUCAAGCUGCCACUCUGCUGAGUGCUGAGGAAGAGGCUCUGGACCAGCACCUCCAGCGGUAA